CAGCAUGGCGUAAAGCGAGAUUGAUGGAUGUCAAACGUUUCACGUGCAAAUUUCCAGACUGUUUAAAACAGUUUUCAAAACAAAGUCGGAUGAUGGUCCACCAACGCUCACAUACAGGAGAGAGACCUUAUGUUUGUGAUGUUGAAGAUUGCCUCAAGACAUUCAAAAGAGUUGACCAUCUCAGAAGGCAUACAUAUACAUCCCACCGGGAUAACAAGACGGACAACUUCAGGUUUCAGUGCGAUGAAAGCGAUUGCGAGGCAAGCUUCUCCUCCAUUGAUAAUCUCACAAAACAUGUCAGAGUAACUCAUGAAAAAUCUUCUUACAGGUGCCAUAUCACUGGUUGUGGUAAAGAGUUCAGGAAACAUCAUCAACUGAGGACCCACCGACUGGAGGACCACCAGGGAACAGCUUACAAAUGUACUCAUGCAGAUUGUGGGAAAACAUUCCAGAUGUCAAGUCACCUGAAGAGACAUCUUAAAACACAUGAGGGUUAUGUGUGCUCUGAUUUGGAGUGUGGAGAGAAGUUUGACAAGUGGUCGCUGCUGGUGAAACAUCGGAAGGUGAAACACCUGGCUGCAAGAGUGCAUCAGUGCUGCAAAUGCAAGAAAUCAUUCUCCCAGAAACAGUGGCUUAAACAACACAUGAUGGUGCAUGAGACAUCACGUGCAGUGCUCAUCUGUCCGCACGAAGACUGUGGGCGGGAGUACCUGGACCAGCGUAAUCUGAAUGCGCACGUGCGCAGUUACCACGAAGGAAAGAAGUUCAACUGUGAAGAACAAGACUGUGGCCGGUCCUUUGCAACGAAGCAAAAACUACAGCAUCAUAUGAAGUUACAUGAUCCUAACAGACCCUUGCCUAAGAAGAAAUCUAGACCGAAGAAAAAAGCUGCAGAAAAACUGACUGGUGUGUCAACAAUCACCAUGGAAACAGAGGUCCGGGGUCAAGACCAUGUGACCUUUAAGUCACCAAUCAGAGACGAGCAUGUUCAUCCACCUCAUUUGCAUAUGGAAACCAUUAGUGAUACUAGUGACCUUGACAUUCCUGAUUUUGAAGAAAUCAAUAGUAAUGAGAAAGAAACCCUAAAAGUAAAUGAUUUGGGGGCUAUUGAAACAAUUUUAACCCCUGAAAAUAUUCAUAACUCUGCAGUCAAACAGAAAGAAUCAUUACAGACUUCUGUUGAAAACAAGGCUGCAACCUAGGUAGAGGGUGAUUGUAAAAAUGAAGAAAAUGGUUUUAUUGUGUUUGUAAAAACACAUUCGUUAUGUUAUGUGUUCAGGUUUUGGUUUAUAUUUUGAUAUUUUUACAUUUUUGAGAUCAUAUUCAAUCAUUUUACUAGAAACAAAUGUUAAAAUUAAAUGCUUUUCUCUACCUGGAAUUUUGAUCUUAUUACAACUGUGAUUUCAGUAUUUCCAUUGUUGUUCAAUCUUCAUUUGUUUCAAUUGUGUUCAAGAAUAGGUCAUUAAUGAUAUUUAGCAGUCAUUCUUGAACACAAUUGAAACAAAUGAAGAUUGAACAACAAUGGAAAUACUGAUUAAUGACCUAAACUUACAUAUUCAUACUAUUUUUUCUCAUCUCUCAUCCGGUGCCUACACAAAUUGAGUGUGCUGUACAAGACCAUACUUAAACCUCUUGAACACAUGCGUUCUUUAGCCAUCACACCUGAUUCAGAGUUGAAAGAUGAAUGAACUACAUGUAUAACAUUAUGUUGCUGAAUUCACUUUUGAAAUGUUUCAAAUAAUGUAAAUAACUUAGUAUGAGUAACACAACCAAUAAUUGAUGAGAAAAAUGGGAAUGAUGUAUGAUAAUAUGAUGUUACCGGCAGCACCACUUCGAGGCUAACCGACAAAGAAAAAGGAAAUGAUCAUGUGAAAUGUCAUUGUCGGAUACACCCGAUACACUACUACAAUAUGCUUGGUUGUUUAUCAUUCUUUGAAGGAUAACGGAAUUAAGUACCAUGGUUGCCGACGAUGGUGAAAUGUGUAAAAAUCUUUCAUGGUUGCCGUUGAUGGUGAAAUGUGUACAAAUGUCUAUGUUAUUCAAUUGAGAAUAACAAACUUUUUGCAUUGGUCAAAAGAAAAGAAAAUGCUCAAGUGUAUUUCAUUUGUCUCUUCCUUCUAGUAUCGAACUUAUUUCUGAAAGUAAAUUUAAUAAAAAUGCAAGUAUUUCGAAAUGAUUUAAAAACAAAAAUUGCACGCAUGAAAGAAA